AUGUUGGCACGGGCUCUCGGCGUCAAUGUGGAGGAUGUGGACGGCGAGAAGACACUGGCGGACUACGGUACAGACUCGCUCAUGGCUGUCGAGCUGCGUAGUUGGAUGCGGAAAGACUUUGGGGCCGACGUCACCGUGUUCGACAUGACGAGUGGGAAAUCGAUCAAGGCUGUUGGCGAAUUGGUCGUUAGCAAGGUUGGAGCUAGGAUCAAUUUUAUGUAA